GCAUCUCCCUGUCAUUCUCGCUUUCCCUCUCCCUCUCUCGGCUUCUCCGCAAGUCGCAAAGCACACUCGAUCGAAGCCGCUCAACAUGAGCAGAUCAGGCCAGCCUCCAGAUCUCAAGAAGUACAUGGACAAGAAACUUCAAAUUAAGCUGAAUGCAAAUAGGAUGGUAGUUGGAACACUUCGUGGAUUUGAUCAAUUCAUGAAUUUGGUGGUUGACAACACUGUGGAGGUGAAUGGUGAUGAGAGAACUGACAUAGGCAUGGUGGUAAUCAGAGGAAAUAGUGUUGUCACUGUUGAAGCACUAGAGCCUGUAAACAGAGCAAUGUGAUUAUGUUUAUGUGGUUGUACUGAUCCAUUUAGUUUAAACUCUUGUAUUUUGGAUAAUAUGUCUAUUUGUGGGAUGCAAACCAUUCUGUAUUUUGUAGAUGCAAGGUAAUGUGGGUCUUCUGAAUUUCGGUAAUUCUUGCAUUAGAUUGAAUUUCUAGCAAGCUUAGGCUGCUGUUGGUUCUCUUGCAAUGACAAUUGUAUGCCUUGUGGAAUUAAUUUCUAAAUACUUCGU